GGCGGACGCAGAGCUGCCGGUGCCGCCGGUGCCGGUGUGGAUCCGCAUCCUGGAGCCGCUGCCGGUGCGGGACCGGCUGCGGGCGGCCAGGUGGGACCCCCCCGCUGCCAGCGGCCCCGGGAGCGGCCGCCCCCCGCCUCGGCUGCGCCGCUGAGCGCUUCCUCCGCCUCCCCGCAGCGUCUGCCGGCUGUGGCGCGAUCUGGUGCGGGACCGAGCGCUGUGGAGAGAUGUGGAUGUGAGAGCGGACGAGACCUGGAUGACGAAAUCCUCGUUGCCGCGCAUCUCGUUAGCAACCGGUCUUUGUGCCCUGGUCCUGUUGGGGCAAAUAAACAACGGCUAAACGCCCCGGCUCCGCUUUGGAAAGCACCCCAAGGCUGCCGGUUUAAUGAGCACCGCGACGCCUUCAUCGCGCCGGAGUAAUUAGCGUUAUUAAAACUCUAAUUGCUUUCUCUUAGGGCUGGGAGAACGGAGUUAAAACAGCAAAUGGGAAAAUUAAAACCAAAAGUAUCUGACAAUCAAAGCGCAGCUUGAACCGAAAUGUUCUCCGGGUGUUGGCGAGCGCGACGGCAAUGAUUUUAUGUUAUAUAAAAUUAUAUCGUUUUAUAUCCAACGGUCCCAACUUUUAGACACGGAACAGACGUUCCAAGUUGUCGUGGCCCAAAGUGGCCUUGGGGCUGUAAAUACCUGACGAGCACGGCGCAAAUUGCGGCAAUAAGGGACCGAAAAGGCUCUUCUUGGGUCACCGUUGUGUUUCCGCCCCAAUAGCGGCUUCUGCAGGGCUGUUCCAGCCCCUUCUUGCUCCCCAUUUCCACCCUGGGGGGGUUUCUACCCUGUUUAACCCCAUUGCAGCUUUUGCCAAAGUUGAACUGCCCCAAACAUGGUGGCACCAAAGCCCAAUUUUGGGGCAAAAUCCAGACUAAAAGGCUUAGAGGAGUCAGUGAAACGGCUCUUGGGGCUGAGAGGGGUGAAAGUCGACAAGCAAACUUAGGAAAGGCCCAAAAUUUCCCUGUUCUUGGUCACCGUCAUCCUAAAGCUGCUCCUAAGGCUGCUCCUAAACCCCCAUCACGUGUAGGUUUAGACGGCACCUUCGCCCGGGUGCUCAUCAGACCCAAAUCUUGAUUUUCUCGUGCCUAAAGCUUCGUUUCCAAACCAUUUCCUAUUUUGCAGCCGCACUUGGAGGAAAUACCUUCAAAACCUCGAGAAUUUGCCCUUUUAAACUCCCAAAGGAUGGAAUUAUGAAGACAAAGGACACCCCGCUCAGCCGGUCAAGAACCUCCAGGUAGAUCAAUUAUCGCAAGCGGCCGCGAGCCAAAUUGCUGCUUUGAGGGGACGAACCGAUGGGGCACGACCCGAAAACACGCUGGUUAAAUUAUAACCUUGGGAUGGAACGGCCCUAGAGACGUCCCAUGGUCUUUCCAACGUUGAUCCCGCUGGAAGAACCGUCUCCCUCGGUCACGUCGGCGCCACCGGGAUGGACGAGGAGCAUCUGAACGACGAUCUGCGUGUUUUUAAAGACAGAAACUUCUUCCAGCAGAAGCUGAGAUCCUUUCUCACCGUCUACUUGCUCCUGGCCCUCUCUUUCCUGCUCAUCAUCACCCUGUUCGCCGUGUCGCUCUCCAGAGUUUCGGCCGUUUCAUCCAAACUCAACGAGGUGCAGCCGGAACGGAGACACAACUUUUCCAGCCGGGAUUCCCUGUUGUUUCCCUGCGGCCCCGGCUCCAGGGAAUGGGAAUAUUUUGAUGGCAAAUGUUAUUACUUCUCCUUGGCCCGGACGAGCUGGCACAAGGCGAAGGCUCAUUGCGAAGAGAUGCACUCGCAGUUGGCCGUCAUCAACAGCUACGCCAAGCAGAAUUUUGUCAUGUUCAGGACACGGAACGAGCGCUUCUGGAUCGGGCUGACGGACGAGAACUCGGAAGGGGAAUGGGAAUGGAUCGACGGGACCGACUAUAAAACCACGUUCACAUUUUGGAAGGAGGGCGAGCCCAACAACAGCGGCAACAACGAGGAUUGUGCCCACGUCUGGGUGUCCGGGAAGUGGAACGACGUUUACUGCACCUACGAGUGCUACUACGUGUGCGAGAAGCCUCUGCCCAACUGAGCGGAGCCCCGUACGGAGCCGCCGUCCCACGCUCCGCACCGCAAAUGUUCCUUCUCCUUCUUAAUUUAUACGAUCCGCCUGCCCGGUCCCCGCUCUUCCUCCCCACCGCGCUGUCCCGAGGAAGAGCAGAGGUGGAUUUGGAUGGUCCUAAGCAAUAAACCCAGGAAUCCGGGUUCUCUGUGGGGAGCUCAGCCUAAUAAAGGACGAUUAUUGCUCUGGUUAA